AUGGCGACAACGGCUUGGAAGGAGGGAAAGGGGAAUGUGCGGGCCUUGGUUUUUCACUCCACUACAGGUGUAGGCACAGCCUCACCUAACGUGGCGUCGAACUACAAGGAACCAGAGACCGGUGCUCUCUACCCUGAUGGCCAGCUAGUGGACUCUGCGGGGAUGAGCAGCGACCUUGUGUUCAAUGUAUACUUGGCACAUGGCACAUGUCAAAUCAAACGGCCUUACCUCUUCUGGAUCAACUUGCGAUUCACAUCCUAG